UGCGCGCGUGUUUGUGUGCUGCGACAUCGGUUCGCGAAGCCAUGCCUGUGUAUCCAGCGCUGUCCGCCCCCGACAUUAACCCAGCUAUUUCGAGAAACUUCCAGCCCACUUUUCCACGUCACUUGAAGGAAUCUUUAAAGCGUCCGUCGCCGGUAUUAAAUGUCUCAGUGCUGGGCAGCCGGAAGCAUGAACGGCAUGAAGACGCAGUCGCCGACACCGACAAUGGCGAAUAACGACAACGACCCCUUGCCCCUCGGAUGGGAAGUCAAAAUUGACCCUCAGACCGGCUGGCCCUUCUUCGUGGAUCACAACAACCGCACGACAACCUGGAAUGACCCGAGACACGACACGAAAAAGGUUAGGGAAUUGUCAACAAAUGGACCUAGCAUACCUCCAGAACCAAGCCCUCAGGAGACACAGAAGACCUUUGUGAAAGAGAUGAAGCACCCCAUCCUUCGCCCUGGUUAUGUCCCAAUCCCAGUCUUCCACGAGGGUGCAGAUCUCAAACAGCAACAGCACCCGUGCUAUUCCUACAUCCAACCAACCACUGCACAGAAUAUCCGCACAGAGGGGCGGAUACCGUCUCCCACACCAGGGUUUCAGUGUAGGCCUAGAUCACCUCUACAUGGACCUGGUGACAGCUGCUCCACGGGGCCUGGGAAAGUUGGCUCACCUGUAUCUCAAACAGCAGAGGUUUAUACUGGCCUGCAUAACCAAUUCCCACGGCCCAGCAGCACUGGUCUUCAAGCAGGUUACAUCCCCAUACCAGUAAUUCAUGAGGGCGGAAUGCAAGCACCGCCUCAGUUAAAUCCAUCCGUCCACUGUCAGCGCGUCCCCUAUUCAGAGCAUCAGCAACCCUUCCACCGCCUUCAGCAGAACGAAUGGCCCAGCUAUUCUGCAGCAAUGCAGUCUCCUCGGGAAAGGGCUUCUCCCAUUUUGUAUCCACAGCACCGAGAUACUUCUGCUGUUCACCUACCACAUAAUAUCAGAAGCCAGUCACCUAUUGUAACACAGGUGCUGGGUGAAAGACCACAGCAUAUCAUCAUGAGAGAGCCACCACAGAAAGUGGAGCAGGAACAAAUGAUCCCUCUGCAAAAAACAGAGAAUAUCCAGGUCUCUCAGCCUUUGCGCACAGACGCUGAUGGCCAAAAGCCUCAUUUUCAACAGCCUUCACCUCAGCAACAUCAACACUUCCAACAGCCUCCACCUCAGCAACAUCAACACUUCCAACAGCCUCCACCUCAGCAACCACAGCAGUUCGAGCAGGCACCGCCUCAGGCAUCUCCGCAGUCCGAGCAAUUACCACAACACUUUCCGCAGCCCCAUCAAGCAGAGCAAAAUACUGCCGACAUCACUGUCGAAAUGCAAUCAGAACCAGAAGCACAUAAAGCAGCGGCUGUUGCGACAGAAAUACCACCUGCAAAGGCCGAGGAAGAACCGGCCCAGUGUCCUGUCCACCCAGGUUUGGCAAAAGUACAGAAGAUAGUCGAGCGGGUUGCCAAACUGGAAGAAGAGGUGAAAAGCUUUGCAGGUAAAAAGAAUGAUAAGAAAUACUUGUUACUAGAGGAACUUCUGACCAAAGAGCUCUUAGCGUUGGACUCAGUCGAUCCAGAAGGUCGCGUGGAUGUACGGCAGGCAAGACGGGAUGGAGUCCGUCGUGUUCAGACCAUACUGGAGGAACUGGAACAACUGGAGGAGCCGUCAACAAGGCCUUCCAGCGAGGCCUCAGUGGAGGGAGACAGCCUGACACAGAAAGGAGAUCCCAGCAUGAUCACCAAGGAGACUGUUGAGAUGGCAAAGGAGAUAUCCUAACAAGAAGCUGGAAGUGAAGAAGUGUUUAUUUGAUAGUGAACAAGCGUGCAGCUACUCAAGCUCACGCUUUGCACAGUAUUUGUGAAAAUUGCAUGCAUUCAUAACUGUGUUGGUAUUUUUUUUUUGCCAUUCCCAACAUAAUUGAUGGGAGCUCUGUGCUGUCAUGCUUUUCAAGAAAAAAAAAUUGCCUUCAGUAUUGUGCCAGUGUCUUCAUAAUAAGACAGCUUGUAACGAGCAAGGUGUUGACGUGAAGUUUCAGUCAAAUUCAAAGUUUGAUGAAGAGGCCUUUAUCAUAAAAUAAAGAAAACAAGUAUUUUCUUAAUGAAUGUUACAUGUAGUUAGUUGCCUUUUGUCUUGAUUCAAUAUUGUAUGGAGCUUCCCUCAACCCAGUCAGCGCAUUUGUUUGUAUACAGUGCAUGAAGAGUGCAAACAUUUGGGGCUUUAAAGCUGAACGCGCUCAAAAAAUGCUGUCAGCACAAAGGCAUUUCCCCUUUAUGACAAUGUUGGAGCUGUUUUGUAACAAAAACAGAUGAAUUGUCAUUUAGGAUGCUGCUUUUUGGUAUGUGAGAUUUUGUCAUCUUUGCACUUCAUCAUGGAAAUGUAUCACACUGAGUGAUCAGCACCAUUUUUGAAAUAUUUGUUACACCAAUUUUGAUGUGAUUUGAGUGUUUGUAUAGACAUCGGUUAACUUGUAAUUUAUAUUUCACUACAUAGUAUUUUACUAUAUUUAUGAAUGUGUCAAGACAAAUGGAUCUGUAAUGUGAGACAAUCAGCACUUGGUGCUAAUAAGAAAUCAAGCAUUAUAGUUUGUUAGAAUGUUCUUUGCAGAACCACCAAAGCCACAAUCUAUAAUAACACAGACAAAAACUGCCUUAUGAGUGCAAUACGACACCAAGCUAUCACUUGAAAAAUGUCAAAAUUGUUUUAUGAUUAGCCUCACAUAAUUUGUGUAAUGAUUUGUCACCAAAGUAAGCCCUCUGUCAUGCCUUAUAACCCUCACAAAUUAUGGAUUGUGGUUUAGUAUUGAUCCCAGGUAAUGGGUAGCAGAUACAUGCAUUGUUGAAAGCAAGUCAUAUUGGUAUAGUUGAAAUAAAUUGUUUUUGACAGUA